AGGACUGUCAUGCACAUAAAUUGUCCUACCACAGCAUUCAUUUAGUCUUUUCUGAAAUAAUGAGGGGAUUACAGUAGUGAAAACUUUCAUUCAGUCCUUGUCUUUAAUAGACUAGUCGUGACUUCAUUAGCUCCGGCCUCCUCCUGUGGGGUGAAUAAGCUACAUUUAGUGCAAUUAUUUGACUAGAAAACAACUGUCAAUCAUUCUUAAAGGGGAAGGAUUCCAAUUAAUAAACCUUUAAUCCCUUCGUUUUAUUUCCAUUCACCGUCACUAUAACUACUUUCUCUUCGCUUUGGAAUGACAAGCUUGCAAUAAAACAGUUAUUCCCAAGCUUUCUUUGGGCACACAAUUUUGUUGUGUUUUUCAGAAUUAGUUGUUUGUGAUUAUAUAGAUAGGAAUGAACGGGGAGUAAGACUGGCGCGGCUUUGGCGUGCCCUGUGCAGGACGGGGGCGUGAGCUGCCUCAACAGUUGAAGUGCAGUGUUGGAGAAAACAGGUGGAAUAUUGACAGUCGUUCAACUUCAUGCGCGUCCCUUCUUUAGAGGUACACACGACUAGUGGAGGACAACAACUUGUCCUAGGACCUGUUCCUUCACAUAAUCGAGCCAGGUAUACUUUUUCCUGCUAAAGUACAGACAGAGAGUACGAACGAUCGAAUGCAUUUAUCACUGGAUACCAUGAGCAUGGUGGAUGACAGCUGCCUUUCGCCCGGUAACUUCCACGAGAUGGUGAAAGGAGGAGGCUCAGUGAUGGGCGGCCGUGUCCACAGCAUUGAUGUCAUCCUGGGCUUCAGCAAAGACCAAGACCCCCUGCUCUGCACAUCCGGGGGCCCAGUUACCCACAAAGUGGGCAUGGAUGGCCUGGCGGACCCUGGCAAGCAGGACACAUCACUCCCCUAUGGGCACCUCUCAGAGCAGCAGUACCAUGCUAUGGGCUCUGCAGAUUCUGGCCUGUACUCUGACAAGUGUGAUGGGGACAUGAGUGAGCUGAGGAAGAGUGUGGACAGUGACGGAGGGAAGAGUCCAGAGCACUGCGAAGAAGAGCAGCCCAAGAAAAAGCACAGACGCAACCGCACCACCUUCACCACCUACCAGCUGCACGAGCUGGAGCGUGCCUUUGAGAAGUCCCACUAUCCUGACGUGUACAGCCGUGAAGAACUGGCCAUGAAGGUUAACCUCCCUGAAGUCAGAGUGCAGGUGUGGUUCCAGAACCGCAGAGCCAAAUGGAGGCGCCAGGAGAAGAUGGAUGCCAGCACAAUGAAGCUGCAUGAUUCACCAAUCCUCUCGUUCAACCGGCCGUCCAUGCACAGCAACAUGGGGCCCAUGAGCAACUCUCUCCCACUGGACCCUUGGCUGACCUCCCCCCUGUCCAGCGCCACCCCAGUUCACAGUAUUCCAGGCUUCAUGGGCCCAGGUCAGGGCCUGCAGGGUGGCUACCCCAGUCACAGCUUCCUCAACAGCCCUCCGACCAUGGGCCAGGGCAUGCAAUCCAUGGCACCUCCGCCGUACCAGUGUUCUGGGCCCUUUGCUGAUAAGUAUCCAAUGGAGGACGUUGACCAGCGGAGCUCUAGUAUUGCAGCACUGAGGAUGAAAGCCAAGGAACACAUCCAGUCCAUGGACAAAACCUGGCAGCCCAUGUGAUGGUGUGAGAAACACUAUUUAAACUGUUUCCAGACAUAAUUGGGGGGGGGGGGGGGUUGUCCAUGCUAAGAGCUUUUUCCAUGAAACAUGAUCGCAGUGAUGGCACCAACAAAUGCACACCUAUGAUAUGUCUGAGAAAUCCAGCACCCAGUGACAUAUUUACCCUUUGUCAGCACUAGAAUGGUUCUUAGUCAUUCCUCUUCUACUAAUCUUGGUUAACCUAUGACUAAAGUUUGGGUCCAUAAAUGUUAAGAGCAGAGAUAGAACAAGGAUGGAAUUGAAUUGAAACAAAGAACAACAUCUUUUUGCAAGUUACAGGCAAGUCUAUGGGCCAGAUGUCCCCUUUCAUUCUGAAAUUAGGAAAAUGCUAACCUGCAAAUUUGUGAUUUGUUUAAAGUACUGGAAAUACCUUGCUUGUUAUCUCACACAUCCUGUUGUAUCUGGACAAAUUUACGAUACCAUUUAUGUUUACAGUUCAUAAUCUGUCCAUGUGAAAUUACCUUUUCUACUAUUGAAGUGAAGAAUUGGAAGGAGAUGCACAUUUUGUUUGCCACAAUCCAGAAAGGUUUUUAUUCUGGACUCUAUGACGCAGAAUGUGAAGAAACGCCUAGCAUAUUUAACUGCACAAGCACCCAUUUUCUAAAAGAACUGCAAGGACAACCGAAUUUAACAGUGUUAUUGUGGAAGGCAGCGAAACAGAAGUGUCACUUGUUUUUUUUACAUUUAGUUUUUUUAAGUUUAACUUUUAUGAAGCAACUGGAACAAGAACACUUGACAUUAGUAGCCAGUUAUGGCACGUUUUGAUUUUGGAUUUCCUCAUCUCAACGUUCAAAUUUCAAAUUUCUUAACAGAGGCAACAAAUACUUCCUUCUCAGUAUUCCUGUAAAAUACAGUGGCAUUGUCUGAAAUGUUUUUUGGUUCUUACAAAGCACAAUGCAAUAUUUCUAUCACUAAGACCACAUCGUGUCCUGCCUCUGAGCCACAUGACACAGACCAUCCCAAAGACUAAUGUUGUUUUUUGUAGUUUCGGACUGUCCAUGUUUUUAUGUUCUUACUAUUCUUUAACUUUUUUCAAGAGUAGUUUUAAUAUUUUGGUUCUUCGUUGUUAGCCGUAAAUCAUAACAGAGCGCGUGUCCUUUGACAGAAGACAUUCUGUAGAGUGCUCACGCGGUCACAUUUAACUCUGCAAAUUAAGGUUUGUGUAUUUUCUUAAUUAAUCCAAUUGUCUAAUUUAUCAGGAUUUUUACGGGUCAAUACACCAGUAAUUCUCACAGUAUUUGUGAAUGCCCAUUAAAUGCCCCCCAUAAUAGCAGUUGAAGGUUGUGCCACUAUUAGUCACUACGUAUAUGACCCUGAACAGAACCAGACAUCCAGUUUUGAUGUAAAGAUUAUUUCAGCACAGAGAAAGUAUACCACAGAGGAAAGGGGAACAUCUGUCUUUAUUAACUGAGGUUACAGAGGACAGCCUCUUUCCACACCUCACAUUUUUGUGUGGGUUUUGAGGUCAUGGUUGAGAUGUCCUGGCUAAAGGGAGAUUUUGGCUGGGGCUCCAAUAACACAGUGCAUAAUGUUAGUUCAUAAAAAAUAAAAAAAAUAUGUGAACACCCCUUAAGAUUGAAUUAACUCAACAGAAAGCGACUUUGUCUUAAUUCACCUUCCUGACGAUUAACGAUAACACACUGCAGACUGCACUCACACUUACCCUGUGUAUAAACACUUUAUUUCUCUAUAGUGCUGGCAGACUAAACGACGUGAGGCUCUUGUUCACUGAAAAAAUACUGUUUUGGAGAGGAGCAUAUUGAAAUGUCAGGGUGUCUGUGUGUGUGUGUGUGUGUGACCUCUUGUCUUAGCUGUUGCUUGGAGCUGCUAAACAUGCUUGGGUCAGUCAAACGGUGUGUUCUGUGGUGAGAGCCGGGGGACGUCCUUCUCACACUGUCGGGGGCAGAGGACGAGGGGACAGAAGGAUGAAGCCACUGAAGCCGCUGAUGUAACCUUUUUUGUGGCUGUUAGAGAAGAAAACCUUCUGGCAGCGUGACCUUUCUUCAGCGUGUGUAGGUGCUGAGAAGCAGAAGGGGAAAGCUCUGAUGUGUCACCCCACAUAGUUUCCACUUUGUUCAGCACGAUUGAUCCAGGCCUAUUGGGUUUGUUUAUAGUUAGAUGGGGACAACGGUCACAGAGUGCAGUAAAUAGGCCCAAUUUUGGGACUUGAUUGAGCAAUUUUGUCAUGAGCCUUUUUUAUGUCAAAGAGAUACUCCGUGGGUGAAUGGCUCUAUUGUUGUUCUGUUUUGAAAAUGACUAAAUGUGUAUUUAGUACGUAGGAGAUUGGGUCCUCGUCAACUGGAUUGUGUAUGGUGACAACAAAGACUCCAACAAGCCCUCUGUGCCGUACCUUGUGUCAUACAGAAUAAAAGGUUUUGUAAUCA